AUGAAGAGGCGCUCCUCUGGGUCGGCCGAUGACGGUGACGAAUCCUCCCUCGAGUCCGACAUCCCCGACCCUGAUUCUGGCUCAAAGACGCGUUCUUCACCUACACGGAGCCGGCGACCCGAUAGCCUGAAUUGGAAGCCCUCGAACGGCCGCAAUGGCCACAACGGCCAUGCUCGCGAAGAGCCUCAACCAACGACGACCCUAAAGCCCACCUCUCUUGCCGCUCCUUCUACUCCCGACAUGGCUCUCGCCAGGACGCCAAAUCAGUCUCCCUCUCCGAGUCGUCGCACACGCCGAUCGUCGCGCUUCUCCCCCGUUGUCUUGGUCACAUCAGCCCUGGGCAUCGCGCUCCUUAUCGGUAUUCUCAGGUCUCUCGUGACUCGCCAACUCGAUCCCAAGGGGUGUCGAAUGUCCUAUAUGCGUCCGUCAUAUGUGCGCUUCACCGAGUUCGACACUGAGCACACGCGCUUCGCAACAAAAUACUCGUUGUAUCUCUACCGAGAGCAAGGAAUUGAGCAGCCGGACAAGUUGCGAGGUAUUCCUGUGCUUUUCAUUCCUGGCAAUGCUGGAAGUUACAAGCAGGUUCGUCCGAUUGCUGCUGAAGCAGCAAACUAUUUUCAUCAUAAUCUCGAACAUGACCACGCCACUCUCGAUGCUGGCAUCCGGAGCCUGGAUUUCUUCACGGUAGAUUUCAACGAAGAUAUAACUGCAUUUCAUGGCCAAACGCUGCUCGAUCAAGCCGAAUACCUCAACGAGGCCGUGCGCUACAUCCUUUCUCUCUACUCCGAUCCCCAACGCGUCUCUCGAGAGGAUCAUCUUCCCGACCCAACUUCAGUAAUCAUUCUCGGGCAUUCGAUGGGCGGCGUGGUAGCGAGAGCCAUGCUUGUUCAGUCCAAUUACCAGGCAAACUCUAUCAAUACGAUUAUUACGAUGUCGGCACCGCACUCACGUCCCCCGGUCACAUUCGAUGGACAGAUCGUUCAGAUUUAUGACGAAAUCAACGCUUAUUGGCGUCGAGCAUACUCGCAAAAAUGGGCCAACAACAAUCCCUUGUGGCACGUUACUCUGGUUUCAAUCGCAGGCGGCGGCUUGGAUACGGUUGUGCCAUCAGAUUAUGCGAGUCUCGAGUCUCUUGUCCCUCCGACACAUGGCUUUACUGUCUUCACUACGGGCAUCCCGACCGUCUGGACAAGUAUGGACCACCAAGCCAUCCUUUGGUGCGACCAAUUCCGAAAAGUCAUCGCGCGAACACUUUUCGACAUUGUUGACGUCCAUCGUGGCUCACAAACUAGGCCAAGGGCCGACCGGAUGAGAACUUUCAAGAAACGCUUCCUUACAGGAAUGGAAUCGACCAUGGAUAAGGAUCUGCCUUUCAAGGAGGCAACGACACUUCUCACACUCGGUGACGAUUUCAACUCGAUUCUCCCGGCCGGAGAACGCCUCGUUCUCAACAAGAUUGGGAAGCAGUCAAAGCCAAGAGCACACUUAAUUCCCGUCCCACCACAGGGCUCGCCUGAGUCGAAGCGUUUUACUCUUCUCACGGAUGCCCCCUUGGAUGAGGCUGGCGAAAACGGAAAGCUCGAGGUUCUGUUUUGCAGUGUGUAUCCUUUCCAGUCUGGACAAGCCAACUCACUCUACCCCUUCCAAAUCGACCUCUCCAGCGACGACAGUGGCUCGACUAGGCUUGCUUGUAAGAACGCGGCUUCAGACCGAAUUCUGCUUCCAGCGUCUACCCCAUCGACAAAGUUCCCCUUCUAUCUCGACCGCGAGAGAGAGAUUGCUCCCUUUUCAUACCUUCAGUACGACCUCGACCUGCUCUCGGAACAUCAAUUUGUGGCAGUUAUAGAAAAGGCUAGUUCCAACACUCACGGUUUCCUGAUCGCCGAGUUUAGCGAUCAGUCUGCAUUUUCUAGAAAGCAGGACAUUGGUCUUGGCGGGCUGAUUCUGUCUGGAGUAUCAAUCGACCUCCCGGCAAACCGCCCCAUGGCAGUCGAGGUCACCAUUCCCUCGCUGCAAUCGGCUCUGCUCGCUUACAAGCUGGAAGUUACAAGCCCAAGCUGCAAGGUUGAAAAGGCUCUCUUCAGCCCCUUGGUUCGCCAGUAUCUCGACCGGCCGUACGAGUCAAAGUACUUUGUUAAUGCGCAGUCUGCCGAUGUUAGCCUUCAUGGCGUUGCCCCCUAUCUGCCGCCUCCUCUGAAACAGACGCCCGAGAAUGGUCUCACGUUCCAGCUAUGGGCCGACCCCUCUUGCGAGUCCAGUGUCCAUUUGGAGAUCAAGCCGGAUAUCUGGGGCAGCUUGGGCAAGCUCUACAUGAGGUAUCGCACUGUUUUUGCUGCAUUCCCCCUGUUGACCGUUGCUCUUGUUCUGCGCAAGCAGUUCCGUGUCUACGACAGCUCGGGUGUCUUCAUCUCUUUCUCAGAGAGCUUGGAUUUGUGUCUUCGCCAGUCAAUUCCGCUGUUGCUGGUGUCAUUGACACUUCUCUCCAUGUCGCUUGAAGGGGUUUCAUUUUCUGGACUCGGCAAGUUUCUCGAGCAGGCGCACGCGGCUCCCUCGAGCGUCGACUUUCAUCGACAUGACAUCUUGAUUGGAACGGACGACCCCUUCUUUUGGUUCCUCGUCCCUCUCAUUGGUGUCGUCUGCAUCGGCGUUUGCACUGUUCUUCAUUACAUGACCAAACUCCUGACCCAGAUACUCGGUCUCUUCUAUGGAUUGCUUAACCUGCUGUCUCUGGCCGGAGCGUCCGAUGAGCAGGGGCUUGCGAGAUCUCCUGCAUUUGUGCCAUCGACUCCUAAGCGGCGUAUGAUCACGACGGCGAUUCUCUUGUUCCUGGUGUCGACCUUUAUCCCUUAUCAGUUUGCUUACCUUGUGGCAUGCUUGGUGCAGCUCUUUACCGUCAUCCGAGCGCUUCGUAUCAACAACACUGCCCCUUCAGAUGCAAACUCGAACUACUACCACUACGCCCAUUCUGUUCUCCUCCUAAUGCUCUGGAUUCUCCCUAUUAAUCUACCUAUCCUGGCGGUCUGGAUUCGAAACUUGGCAGUUCAUUGGCUCACACCCUUCUCUUCGCACCAUAAUGUUCUUUCCAUCAUGCCGUUUAUUCUUCUCGUGGAGAACUUGACGACAGGGAAGAUGGUUCCUCAAGUCAGUAGGGGAUUUGGCUAUGUUACUAGCCUACUUCUUUUCGCCACGGCUCUUUACGCCGCCAUGUAUGGCGUCUCCCACGCCUACAUGCUUCACUAUCUGGUGAAUAUUGUGGCGGCCUGGCUGGUGGUACUACAUUCAACAAAUGACCCCUUUUCACUCAGCGGGCUUGGCGCCAUAUUCGAAAGCAGCUCGAGUCCAGAUCGAAAGGAGGGCAAGACGCCUCGAUGA